GCGUGUCUAUCCUCGUACGCCCUCCUGGUUCCCUUCGAGCGGUGCUAGUGGGAAAAUCUAGGUAGUGGCUGUAGCGGAUCAAGAGGCGUCUGUGGGUAGCGAUAUAAAUGACGAGACAAACUUUCCUCUCCUAUAGACUCCCAUAAUUCUUUCGCUCCAAUCCUCUCUACAAGAGGCCAAGCUCUGCACAAUCUCCCAUGGAUGAUCCAGUCGUACGGCUCCCUUCUGAGCUUAUCAUUGACAUAUUUCUCCACUGCCUCCCUGACGACUCCUACCCCAGCCUACAUGGGGGCGCAGCCCCAGUACUUCUCACACACGUCUGCAGAUCCUGGAGGGCACUAGCUCUCUCUGUCUCCAGCCUGUGGUCUUCCUUCGAAAUUGAUUUCCACAGUGGUUACGCCGUGCCGCGGCUAGAAGCGCUGGAGUUUUGGCUCAAGUAUUCUGAGGAGCAACCAUUAUCCUUUAACAUUAUCUAUGAACCACCUACCCAUACGACGUGUCGUGCCUUUCAGGACCAGAGCACGACUGUUGUGAAAGCUCUGCUCCAUUACUCGUCCCGGUGGCAGAAAGUGAGGUUCGUGACACCUGGCGCUAGUGUCCUCCCUCUCUUUACAGAUCAAUCACGGGCUUCUGGGCUUCAUUCCCUUGAAGUACUGACGCUUGAUAUGAGAGGAGUUUGGCCGUCACAUCGUGUAGCCUUGCGCUCAUUAGGGAUUCAAUGGAGCCGGCUCUCAGAGCUACAUGUCCGCCUAGAUUGCGCGGUGAAAGAGCUUCCUACGCUAGAUGAAAUCUUUGACAUCCUAUCAGAAGGCGAGAACCUCAUAACCUGUUCAUUCAAUGCAAUGUGCUCCUUCACCUCAGGGCCCGAUCCGACACGCAUCUCAAUGGCGAAGCUCCAACGUCUCAGCUUGACGUUGAGAGUGACUUUAGGCUCCGAGGCAUGCUUUGGACACUUUUUGGAGUCACUAGAUGUGGUAGCGCUCAGAGUAUUAUGCAUUGAGUGCAUAGACGACUUAAAUGGUCAAAAUUGGAAUGGCUGUCAUUCAUCGAUUCUCUCAUGCCUUCGCUCAGCAAUGAUCCGGGAACUCCAGUUAUAUUAUCUACCCCUUUCCACUAUCGGUAUCAUUGACAUUCUCGAUGCUACACCAGCGCUAGAACGUCUAAACCUCAAGUUUGACCGAGGGGACAAAGACAGAGACCCGGUGGAUAAUGUUCUAUUUCAGCACAUACCGCAAUCAAGGGCCCUCCGAGCUUUGGACAUAGAAUGUAACGGGGGAAAGUUGAAUUGUAAGGCUGUAACGGACAUAGUAGAACUAGACAUGCUAGAAAGAUUUUACCUGGCGACGUUCGACUCCAUCUGUAACUGUCCUGACCCACAUUGGGAGAAGGAGAGGAAUGGAGGGGCAGAUAUUCAGCUGAGACAUUUCCGUUUCUAG